UUUUGUUCAAACCAAUCAGAGCUACUGAAUGACCUAUGCCAGCCACUUCAAGCUUGUCCGCAACAUAGUUCGCGGAAAUACUGGGAAAGUACAUUCGCUCGUGGUUAUUGAAUCUGAGCAAAAUAGUUAGCGAUUUUUGUACCGUUGUUACAAAUCUAUAAAGAAAGUUGUUAUUACAAUACAGAAAGUACUCUGAAGUUAUAUCAAGACGUUUUAAAACAAGUUACCUUUUCAAAUGUGAAUAUAGGCAGCUAGCCAGCUGCAUUUUGAAGACAAAAAGUCUUCUAUCAUGAUAAGUCAGGAAGAAGUUUUUAUUUGGUUUAAGGACCUUGAGGGACACUCGCGAAUUGAACUAAUGUGUGCUUUACUUGACAGCUGUUUGCCUUUGGAAUUACGAUUCCUAGGAACAUACUUGGAAUAUGCUGCUGGGAAGCAUUAUACGCAUCUUCAAAAAUGGGAAAAAGAUGCAAAUGUUUCUUCUUCAUUAUUUUCUGCUACUAAUUUAUCGGACACAAAAAUACGAAGACGGUUAUGCAUAUUCCUAGCAUUACUUCACUCCCAUAAUAGAGAAGUUGCAAUUAAAUUGUUUGGAAUCUUAAGCAUGUAUGAAUGUUUUGCUACUUUUGAUAACUCUGAGAAUACUGGACCAAUUGGUGAUAAUAAUAAUGCUAAUUCAGCUAAUAGUGAUUUUGACUGGUCUGAGAUAACCUCUAGAAAUGAAAUGAGGUUACUUUUAACCAUGGCUUCUUUGCACCCAGCUUUUGAUUUUGACCAACGUCGAAAUUUAAGAAAAAAGAUGGAAAAAUUUAACAGCAAGUGCGAAUCAUAUGAGUUUAGAAACGAAGAAAUUGAGAGCCAAACUGAUGCUGAAGUUAUGAGGGAUUCUUGCGAAACCUUGGCAAGUUCAAGUGCUUCAACUACAGAAGUUACAUCUACUGUAACAACAGCAUACAGUUCUGAGCAAGGUUCAGUGACCAAAUCACCAUUGUUGCCAUCUCCACAGGCACCCCUUCCAGAAUUAAGAUAUCCAUUGCUGGAACCAUUUCCAUAUACUGUUCCAAUCGCUACACCGUUUCCACCGCAGCCUUUACGACAGAUUUUAAUUCCAAGACAACCUAUCCCAAUGAUAAACCAUCACGAUUCAGUACCUGUGCUUAGCCAACAUACCAACAGUGUAUUAGAACGGGCACAGUUUAUUCCCAAUGUCACUUCCUUGCCAAUUACUCACCCUGUUGUUGUUCCAACUUCUGUAGAUUUAAAGAAUUUUAUUGUCCCGCCUGUUUAUAGCUUGCCAACUUUACCAAUCCCCACAAGCGAUAUUGAUUUGAUUAGCUUCAAUUCACAACAUAUGGCUGACCAAAAACCUGUAGAUAAUAGUCUUGAAAUGAAAAUAAGAGACAUUGCAUCUAAUGAAUACAAAAGCAAAGAACUUGAUAAGAAAUGCAAAUCUUGCACCAAUCAUCCUGUAGUACACAAUAGUUAUCCUGUGAAUCAUAUAAAAUUUAACAAUAGUUUACAUGAUAUCAGGACAGACAUUAAAACAAUACCAUCAACAAACAGCUCAGUGUAUCCAAUUGUGAAAGAAACCCCACGUAGAUGUUAUAGUGAAUCGGACACAGACACAAUACCAUUUUCAGAAAUGAGUGCAGUGCUAAGAAAUCAAAGUGAAUUUCAUGUGCCUAGUACAAGAAUACAUCACAGCGUUAUCCCUUAUAGUUGCGUAGGACAUUCUUCUGUCCCACUGUAUGUUACUUUUCCCCCUCAUAAUUCAGUCAGCGAUAACACUGUUCAAAAUAUACCUUCAAUUAUUCAUAGCAGAACUUCACCAACAACAUUCCGAACGGUAAAUCCAGUUGAUGCUGUGCAACAGAACUUUCAAAUGGCUGUGACAAAUGUGUCAGCCACUAGUUACAAUGUUCCUGAACCAGUAACAACCCAACUUGACCAUACAAAGAUCUACGUUUCAGGCGGCAAUGAUAUUAUGCAUUCCGGUAUCAAUGGGGGUUUUAUCCAUACUCAUCCUGUCAUUAUUCCCGUGACAUCAAAUGGUACCAAAUCAACACUGUAUUCAAAAGAAAGAAUUCCAGACGCACACUCUGAUUUUUCAUACCUGCGGAGCAUGUCUAACCCAGCUAAGCACAGUCCAGCCGAUACGAGCAUCUCCACAAGUAUGUCUGAUACAACACUUAACAUUACAUCUAGUGACAUGUCAGACUCACCUUGCGUUUCACCAACCCCAUCACCAAGAAUGUUUACCUCCCCAAUGCACAGCCCGUCGUCACAUCGCAAAGGUUAUGCGCAUUACAAGGAGAAUGCAAUGGUGUUUUCGUCUGCUGCUGACUGGUUGAAAAGUUUACGUUUGCAUAAGUAUUCAAGUAAAUUUGAAGGGUUCACGUUCCAAAUGAUGCAAAAUUUGACUGAUCAAGACUUGGAAGCGUUAAGUCUGACUGUUGGUGCUCGAAGAAAAUUUAAACAGUGUGUUGAAUAUUUAGUGAAACGUGGUUUUAAAGAGUUUGGCAAGCACGACAAUGCCUUGCUGCAAGAAGCCUCCAACUCGCCCUCUUUUCCUGGUGUACCUCCGCCCGAAGGUUCUCCGAAUAGCAAAUCCGGGAAAUCUUCCGAGCACCUUCACAACGACGUAACGACACAUCACAGUACCACACCCUAUGCUACGUCACCUCUUCAUAACCCAAUCUCAAGCAACCCUCCCUCUCACCAAUUGACAACAGCUUAUAUAUCACCUAACGACGUUCCAGCUUCUAGCCUGCCGCCUUCGCCGUAUCAUCAAAGUGAGAAGAAAGAGGGGAGAAGUAUUUCGUCGUCUAAAUUAACUGGGUACGGUGAUAAUUCGGAGAUGCCUGUGAAUGACGUGGUUGAAGAGGGCGAAAAGCUGCUAAGGAAAAGAGUGAAUGAUGCAACGUGCUAUAACUGUGGUUUGGCCGGUCACUAUGGCGACGACUGUUCCGAGCAGACGAUGGAAGCGCUGACGUAUAGUCGAUACGCUUUCCAUUUGGACUUUUCGAAUCAAGACAAUUCGUCAACUGAACCAAUCUCUGACGUCACCACGUCUAGGUGAUAGUGUGUGGGUAGUAUAGCAUAUAUUUUUUUAAUGAAAACCUAGUAAUUUUGUGAGUAAUGUUGGAGCGAAUCGUUUUGUCUGAACAGUGCAGAUUUUAAAUGUCUUUCUUAUUUCUUCAAAUCCCCAAUUAGCGUCCGUGUAAAUUCUUUUAAGUUUACAAAAACUUAGCGCUGCUACAGUUAUCUUAAAGUAUAUAAUAGCCUUUCUUGUUGCCAAUUAAAGAACAUAUAUUAUUCUCCUUUGGCCCUCCUCCAUUGUGUUUUUUAGUUAGACUGAUUAAUUUGUACUGCGGCUGAUCUCCUCGUUUUGCACGAAUAAAUGUUCAGUUUUGGUUGAUAUUUUUUUUAGACUGUUUUUUCAACGCAUGUGUUUUUUAAUUGCGCAGGGUAGGCAGGUUCUGCGCAGGAUAGGCGGGGUCUUCAGAAGCAGGUUUUUGUGUUCGACUGUUGCGUUAUGGCGACGGUUUGAUCUCUGCAACAUGUGCGAAAACAACAAACAAAAUUGGGAAUCGUACAAGUUUUGUCGUGAUACCUGAGGGACUAUCCGAACAAGACCUGUUGCUUUGAACUUGUACAUGGUUAAGUCAAUAAAAUAUUUGACAUUCUUGUAUAAAAUCUACAUUAGAGUUGAUAGUAUAGUGCAUGGCCUGCUUCUUAAGACCAGGAAGGAGGAAAUCUUCGAGCGAUUAGAGUUUUGAAAUAACAUAUCGUAUUCAAGGCGUGCUUUUUAUUUUUUUGCGAAUAAUAAUUCGUUUGAAAAUGCUCUUCUCCUUGCGUCUUUCUGCGAGGAUAUAUAAAUUGUGAUUUUAUCAAACCUUCACGCUUUACCCAUGUGUUGUGGAAUGGAGAUUAUAGCUUGUGUUAUAUUUUUAACAACAGUAAUUUUUUAAAUAUGCUGUACUAAAGUUGUCUGUCAAUCAAAAUGUAUAGCAGAGAAGAUUUUAAUGACCUAUUUCUAGGUCGUAAGCUGCCUAAGGAACUAUAAAUGGUUAAUGGUUAUAUUAAAUUUUACAUUCCGUUGUGGAUUUUUAUUUUAUAAAUAUAUUGAAAAAGAAAGUAAAACUUUAGCAGUA